GCACGCUUUAACUCAGCGUCACGCGGAGACGGGCGGCACAGAGGGAGCGGGAAUUUCCGGCUGCUCCACAACCGCGAGCAGGCGCGGGGUGUCGCCAAGAUGGCGGGACCUCCUGGCCGCCAGGGGGCGCUGCGGCAGCCUGGCUCAGCGGGGCCGAGCGGAGGCAAGCUGCGAUUGGCUGCGCGGGUCAUGUGAGGCGGAGGCCGUGCCGUUGACAAUAAACAUGGAGUCGAUAUUCCACGAGCGGGUGAGUGAGCGGUCGCGGUGGGUCCGGCGUUUCGAUGAGGCGUCCCGCAUAUGCAGCGCCUUCGGUCGUCUGGCAGGGUGGAAGCGGAGAUGUCCUCCGCAGGGACUUCUCGCGUUGGGCUCUCCGUAGCAGUUGUUGGGUACGCUCAGCAAGAAGGCUCAUUAUGUGCUCAGCACUGUCUGAAUAAUUUGCUGCAAGGAGAGUACUUUAGUCCUGUUGAGUUAUCCUCCAUUGCACAGCAGUUGGAUGAGGAAGAAAGAAUGAGAAUGGCAGAGGGAGGAGUGUCUAGCGAAGAAUAUAGAACAUUUUUACAGCAGCCUUCUGUAAACAUGGAUGACAGUGGAUUCUUCUCAAUUCAAGUUAUAAGCAAUGCCUUGAAAGUGUGGGGUUUAGAACUAAUCCUCUUCAACAGUCCAGAGUAUCAGAGGCUUGGGAUCGACCCUAUAAAUGAAAAAUCAUUUAUUUGUAAUUAUAAGGAACACUGGUUUACAGUUCGAAAGUUAGGAAAACAGUGGUUUAACUUGAACUCUCUCUUGAUGGGUCCAGAGCUAAUAUCAGAUACAUAUCUUGCACUUUUCUUGGCACAAUUACAACAGGAAGGUUAUUCCAUAUUUGUAGUAAAAGGUGACCUGCCAGACUGUGAGGCUGAUCAGCUGUUGCAGAUGAUUCGAGUUCAGCAGGUGCAGCGACCAAAACUAAUUGGAGAAGAGACUGCGCAGUCAAGAGACCAGAGGCUACCUAGAAGUGAUGUGGACCAAGCGAUAGAAGUUAGCCAUCCUUUUGAUGGGACAAGCAUGUUAGAUGAAGAUGAGGAGAAUUUUCAAAGAGCUCUGGCUUUAAGUAGGCAAGAAAUUGAUAUGGAAGAUGAAGAAGCUGAUCUUCGUAGGGCCAUUCAACUCAGCAUGCAAGGUAGUCGUCAAAAUGAGUUCUCAAACUCAUUACCACAGAAUGCUUCUCAGCCACCACACAGCAGUCAGACAGACUCUCCUUCAGAAGAUCUGCGCAGGAGAAGACAAGCAUAUUUUGAAAAGCAGCAACAGCAGAUAGAACAGCAGGAUCUGACCCUGAACCUACAUGAUAAACCAACUAUAAACUCAAGCACUCUGGAAGCUGAUCCAGGAGGUGAUAUGAGUGAGGAGGACAUGCUUCAAGCAGCUAUGAAUAUGUCGCUGGAAUCUGCUAGAAACCACUUGAGUACAGAAGAGAAGAAAUGACAUCGUAAUUUUUCCCCUCUAUUGUCAAAACACUACGUCUCUGUUACAAUUUUACUGUGUGGAUGUUGCACAAGCUGGGUUCAUUUCAGAGUUCUGGAAGCAGGAAUGAAAGGUUGGCUGGAGCUCAGAGUUUAGAGGGAAUCUGCAAAUAUGAAAAGUUUGCACUAAUUUAGAAAACCAUAGCACUCCUACUACAAGAGUAACAGUAUUGAAGUUACUUACGUUACUCUUGAUCAAACAUGCACAUGUAGCAGCUGUAACUUGCAUUAAAAAAGUUUGUUUUGAAAAAUUCUAUGGAGAACACAAAAAGUGCCAAAAAUUGGUAUCAACCACUUUUUUUCCAUACUAAUACAAAAAUAGAUAGAAGUAAUAAAUUGUAUUCAUAAGUUGCUAGAUAUAAGAAAAUACUUCAAAUGGGGAAAAAAAAAAACAACCAACUAGAUUCUGUUUAUCUUAGGUAACUUGUUCUGUGAUUUGUUCUUCAAAUGACUUGAUGUCAACUUUUUGGUCCUGCUGUCCGCUUUUGAAAUGACCCACCCUGCAGGAGAAACCUAAAUCUGUAAAUGUAUUGCUUGGCAAUUAAACAGAAAAUCUCCAGUGUACUGUAGAUCAUGACAUUCACUGAAAGAUUCCAGAGUGCUUCUGAUGUUCUAACACUUUCUGGUUUUACUUUUAGUUUUACUUGUAGUUUCAAAGUUCGUGCUUGAGGUAGGAUUUUUGCUUUGCCAUUUUGUCUUUUUGUAAAUAACUUUUUUUUAAUGCUAGGUUUGGUUUUUUUUUUUUUUAAUACUCCUUCUGGUUAUACCACUGUUUUUAUCAUGAAAGUAUCACAAUGGGUUAAACAGGUUUUUCUUUUAUAUUUCUACUGUUAUCUUUUCCUCUUCAACCCUUAAUUCUGGCCUUUCAGUAUCAUAGAGCUGUAACUGAGUCUAGGAGAAAGGAAAAUGGGGAAGAUCUGGGUGCCAUAAAAUCAAUGCCACAUAAGUUGCAUUCCUGCAGUCUACAAUGACCUCUGUGCAAGUAGCUCUUCUAAGAAUGAAUAUUUAUGUCUGUGUGGGUGCUCUUUCUGAAAUGCUUUUUGACUGUCUGUCAGAAUGUUGUAGCUUUUUCAGGAAUGGCCUUUACUCAUGCACCUUAAAAUUUUUUUAUCAUGCUGUUUCUGAUGCUGAGGAAAAAAAAAUCCAACACAAAACAGGGAGCAAAGGAUGGGAGAGAGAUUAUUCUAUUUGUUGUAGCACAUUUGUUUUGAUACCCAGGAUGAAUGUGUGAUAGGGUGAACGAACCUGACUUCCAACUUAGUGCAGAAAUUGAUGUUUCAUUUUACUAAAUGGUGCUUGAAAUACAAAUUCUGUUUACAUAUAAAUUAUGUGGAAAUAUGUUAUAGAUACAGUAUGCAAGCUGUAUUCAAUGCAUUAACAGCACAGGCAUUCUAAGAAUAUCUUUUGCAAAUAAACCCGAAUUUCUAUAUCAAAAUAUCCUAAUGUAGUAUCAUUGCACAAUAGUGACAUAUAAAAUUAGUAUUAGAACUUAAUGGUAGUUAAAUGGAAGUAUGCAUUCAGCAUCAAGUAGUACUUACUUGAAAGGGCUCUUACCUCCCAGUAAAUAUUUGUUUACAGCAAUGGUUUUUCUUGAUAGGUUAGAAUAUUAUACAUAUAGAGUGAAUUCUGUUUUCCUGAAUUUCCACUGCUGGGAUGUGUAGUAUGAUGUGAAUUUUGACAUGACAGCACUACUUUUUAAAAAAUUAAGAUUUUGUUUUGUAUAUAAUCCUAUUCUGCACAUGUAAUCUCUAUAAUGUGCUGAAGUAAUACAGCCAAGUAAUGGCAUUGAGAAGUCACGUGUGCAAAUGCCAUUUUGAAAUGCUAUAUUUUUCAGGAGGUAGAUUUGAUUGAAAUUUAUAUGAAACUGAAAACAGAAGAGGAGUAUGUAAAGCAGUGAGUUAUCUCUUUGCUUGUUUGCAAAUUAUCCACGACUUUAACUUCCCUUCCUUUGUUGUGCCAUAAACUGACCCUGAAAUCUCUCUCCUUUUAAUAAAUAGGUGUAGGCUGGCAGAGCUUGUUAAUACUUACUUGAUACUAGAACUUGGACCUUUUAUCUUCUGUUACAAGAAUAUCAUAAAAAUACCAUUUCUUUAGCUACAUAGUAUAGUGGUCCUGUAUUUAAAAAUUAAAAAAAAAAAUUCCCUUGAAUUGCAUUAACUAACCUGUGACAAUUACAUCAUAGAAUCAUAAAGCUUGUAAAAGACUUCCAGGAUCAUCUAGUCCACCCACCUACCACCAAUAUUGCCCUCUAAACCAUGCCCCUCAGUAUUACAUCUACCCUUUCUCUUAACACCUUCAGGGACAGUGACUCCACAACUUCCCUGAGUAACCUGUUUGAAUAUCUCACCGCUCUUUCUGAGAAUAAAUUCUUUCUGCUAUCUAAUCUGACCGUCCCCUGGAGCACCUUUAGGUUUUUCCUCUCAUCCUGUCCCUGUUACCUGGGAGAAGAGGCCGAUCCACAACCUCCUUUCAGGUAGUUGCAGAGUGCUAUAAGGUGUCUCCUGAGCCUCCUCUAGGCUAAACAAUCCCACUUCCCUUAGCUAUUUCAUAAGAUUUGUGUUCCAGACUCCUCACUUGCUUCUCUGGAUGUAGUUUAGGGCCUCAACUGUCUGUCUUGUAGUGAGCGGCCCAAAACUGAACGCAGUACUUGAGAUGCAGCCUUGCUGGAGUUGAAUACUCAAUGGAGUCGGAUUGGAGUUGAAAAGAGGGAGGAUCACCUCCCUGCUUCUCCUGGCUGUAUUGUUUCUCAUGCAAGCUGGGAUGCCCUUGGCUUUCUUCACUACCUGAUCACACUGCUGGCUUAUGUUUAGCUGAGCGUCAACCAACACCUCCAGAUCCUUUUCCACUGUGCAGCUUUCCAGCCUACAGUGUUGCAUGGGGGUGUUGUGACCAAAGUGCAGGACCCAGCACUUAGGCUUGUUGAACAUCAUCCCAUUGGUCUCAGCCCAGCUAUCCAGCCUGUUCGGGUCCCUCUGUAGAGCCUUUCUAUUCUCAAGUAGUUAGUUCUUACCCCUAACUUGGUGCCGUCUACAAACAUACUGAUGGUGCGCUCAGUUCCCUCAUCCAAAUUAUCAGUAAAGAUAUUAAAUAGGAUGGGCCCCAGUACUGACCUCUGGUACAUGUUUUUUGUAAUCACUGAAGUGUGGAGGUUUGCAUUUGAACUUUCAUGUUGUUUUUUAAGUUACUCUACCCAAGUGUUUUAACCUGUGACGCUUAUAAAGUAACAGUGCCUGAAAAGCACAAAUGUGUGAGUCAGAUUACAGGGCUAAUCAUGUUUCUUUCUGUGUAGAAACAGCAUCACUGUACAAAUAUCAGUUUGGCAUUCAGAGGAGUGUUAAGUUAGAAGUAUGCUUAACUGCCAAGUCAAGCAAUUCAGAGGUAACAGUUAAAGCUAAGUGUGCUAAUUGCACCAACACAAAAGACUAAUUCUUGACAGAACAUAUUUUUUUGACCCAGUUCUAAAGUUCAAAAUAUGUGGACCUGCCAAAUUGUCAAUAAAAAGCUGAUCUUGU